AUGUUCACAACCUACAUAAAGAGUCUGAAUGAUAUGGUAUUUUCUACGUCUGACAGUCCUGAAGAGCAGCCGAGUACCGGAGUCUUGGGUCGUAUCGGCAGUUGGUUCUCUCCCUGGAAAGGAAAAGCUCCGAAGUCACCAAAUGAAAAUGACUUUUCCACUGACGAACGCAGUCAAAAUGCAGACGGAGAUGAGGCGUGUGACAGCUCCGUAAGAACGGAGGCAGGGAAACAGCCCGAUUCAGUACGUCCCCUUAGAGACUUUCUCCCCUGUCAAGAGGAGGACGCCACGCAGUCUGCCCACAGAGGCAGCUCUGCUUUGAGCGGCACAGAGACAGGAGUAGGAGGUCCAAAAGAGGAGGAGCUCGUGGAGUGCAGGAAGCAGAGAACGGGACCGGGCGAGAAGAGGGAGGAGAACAGCAACUGCACUUCAGCAGGCGGGAUUCCUGUGAAGAAUGUCUGUCAUCUGACAGAGCUAUCCUCCACAUCUGAACAGGGAGUGGUGUGGGACUCUGACCAGGCCCACACCCAGCCUCAUUCACAGAGACAAACACAUGCCCAGACAGGCAAGAGGCUCCACAUAUACCUGGAGGAGACUAGCGUGACUCAGUGUGGCCAAGAUUCUUGUGCUAGACAGGACGUUGUGCACACAGUCAAAAAAAGCCUCAAAGUUCUCCCUAAGGCAAACUCGUCAAUACGUUUUGAUUCUGCAAACAGCUCGAGCCCGUCAAGUUCAGAGAAAGAUGUGAUACCUGCUGUUGGGGCACAGAGUCAUUGCAGUUCUCCAGUGGGAGUGUCACAGAAACCGCACAAAGACUCACAGUUAGGGCCUGAAGCAGCUAAAGAACAAACAGAGGCAGAGGGCAUGGGGCGUAAAAACGCAGCCAGAAGGAAAGUCAGGAAGAACUCUCAGGGAGAUGGAGGGAAAAGCCCGGUGGAUAAAAAGCCUGAAAAUGCACAACUUACUACAGGACACCCUUCCUCGGGGGAAUCGGUUUCUAGUCCCCAGGGCAAAAGUCCGGACACUGACAAGAAAAAGACACCCGCGGGCUCCUCCCCCAAGCACAACCCCACCUUAAAAACCUCACCUGAAGGAGGGGAAAGCAACAUUCCCCGCUCUGAUAUGGUCAAGCAGUUGAGCAACUUCCAGAAUUCAGCCUCAGUCGUCACCACCGCUCAGGCUGGUGGGAUAGAUGGAGGCGCAGACAUGGAGACGGACGACAGUUUGUACCACGUAGAGAGGAAGACGGAGACCCCGGAGUCCAAACGCAGGAGUAUUAAAGUAUCUCAGAGUGAGGUGAAGUUUUUUACAAAAAACGUGCAUUUGAAUCCAAAGAAAAUUGAAGAAGGAGGCCACCAGGGCACAGCAACAUUACAGAACAGCAACAAUGAAGCACAGGACAAGCCAAAAACAGAGACUGAUUCAAGACAUCACCACUCAAAGAAGGUCGUCGACAGGUCUGAGUCAACUGUCGGUGGGAUUUCAGAUAAGAUCAGUCUCUUUGAGCGGCGAAAGCUCGAUGGAGGUUCCGACAGAGUCUUCCAAACACCGAGGAGUGCUGACGGGUCUCCGAACAGAAAGGUCGCAGACAGGUUCAAAGCAGAUUGUAUUUUGUCAGAGCAGAGGUCAAGAUCAGCUGAGCGUUGGAGCACAACCAGGUCUAGCUCCUCAUCACCUGCCAGGGCAGUGCCAAUGACAAUCAAAGAACGUGCAAGGAUAUUUGCAGAGGCAGGAACUAAAGCAGCAAUGGUUCAAACGCCAGCCAGGCCAGGAAUGCAUCAAAAAUCAACCUCAUCUGGGGGAGUUAAGUCUUCAGAAGUGCCAGAACUGGACAGUCAGGCUAAACUGGAUACAAAAGAGCAGACUCAUACACAACCAAAUUCAGGGAUAACAUCAAAACCAGACAGGCCAGAUAACUCUGCUGUAGAGAUGCAAAUCUCUACUCCAGAAGUACAGCCGUUGGUCUCUAAAACAGGGGAAACAGACGUGUCGAAAACAACAGAUCAGGAUACGAAACAACAAACCGUUCCUAGAGCAGAGGACACCCAUCAUUCUUCAAGUCAGACCAAUGACUCAAUCCCAGACCCCAAAGGCCCAAACAAAACAGGCUCCCGCUCAAAAAAGAGGAAAAGUAAAGAUCCAGCCAGUCCCACAAGCCCAAAUGCUCUAAACAAACCAAAGGUCACUGAUUUGAUAAAGGAGAAGGUGGAUGCUGCAGACAAGACCCCGUCUCCUAAAAUCCCAGAGGAAACAUCAGAUAAGAUGGCUUUUGAUGACACUGAACAGCAGGCACUGAUAAAAGAAACACACAUGUCUGAAAAACAGAAGAAGCUCUUAGAGGCUUCAUUUGGAAAGAAGAAUACUGACAACCUGCCCAAACGACAGGAAGGAUUGCCUGAGUCACCUGUCAACAAAGAUGAACCUGAUACUGGCUCUUGUUGCACUGAGACAAAGAAGCCCAUUGACAAGAAGCCCUCCGUUUUACCCCAAAUGGAGGGCAAAUUAGGUAAACCCAGCCUUGAGUUCACUUUGGGAAAAAAGAAUGUCUCUAAGGGCAGAAGUGAAACUUCACCCUCUUCCCCAUCAAUAGCCUCCUCAGUUGAUCAGCCUCAUGAGAAGCCUCUUGCUGUUAAGCAGCAGUCACUCACUGAAAAGCCUAAAUUAGAUAAAGAAUUGUCAGUGCAGCCUGACCCAGUCGAUAAAACAAAAGAAAGGAUUCCUGCUAAAGAAGAAUCAACAGAAAAGCAACCCCAAAACAAGGAUGUAGAGCUUAUUUGUCAAACUGAGACGGAGGAUGUACAAAAAAUAGAGUCGGUUGCCUUUGAGAAAGUAAAUCAUAGCGAGGAGGGAAACAAAGACAAGGCACAGGAGCUCCUCUCUUCCAACAAAAGCCCCACAAAGACCAAGGAUUCAAGCAGUGGACAUGGUUACGCAGGGAAAGAUGACAGUCUUAAAAAAUCCAAGCAACCGAAGGCAGCUAUUCAGUCAUCAGAAAAGACCAGCGGCUCAUCAGCUCUCAAUGUUCAAACACAAAAUGGCAAUCAGUCAGUGGCCGCGCAUCCUGUAAAAGCUGCUAUUUGUACCACCCCUCAGACUAAUGAGACUGUGAGUGGCACAGAGCAAGAUAAAGAGCCUCAGAAGGUACAGACAACCACAAAUGCACCUCCAAAAAGCCCCGGAACAGAAGGUGAGCCGGUGGUGAUUGAGAAGAGAGCAGUGCCCCCACCUGCGUCUGUAGCUCUGGAAGGAACUGAGAAUUCUUUUGAUGACUCAUGUACACAUGGAGCUAAUGACGCCGGGUUAUCCAACUCAAAGCUCAUCAGCAAAGUAACUACACCAGAUGAGGGAGAGGGGUCAAAAGUCACUAAUGACGUUCUUGUGACUGCAGUUCCACAUACUGUCACAACUCCGAAGAGAGAGAAAGACUCAUCUGCUACAGGGCCUUCUAUUUCUGGCUGUAAGUCUUCAAGCAAAAAAGAAGUUGGGGUGGGUGAUAUGCUAAAGACUUCUACUGUUGAGUCAGAGUUGCCUAAAGCGAUAAUCUCUGGAGAAAUACUGAACCCAAUUCUUGGGGAAUCCAAAAAAACAGAGAGCACCAGCAAUAUCUCUUUACUCAGAGAUGCAGCAAAAUUAAGUCAUAAAUUCUCUGAUAAUAUCUCUUCUAGCUCUAAAAGUGGCAAUAAAGAGAAUACAGCUGAGAAGAAAUUUAACCUGCCGGUGAAUGAACAUUCAAGUGAUUCACUCUCACAUUCGCAGCUCCACACAUUAAAAAAGGAACCAAUUACGGUCAAUGCAAGUCUCAUUCCAAAAACACCUACUUUUCCAGAGGCCAACAAACUGAGCCCAGACACAGCUCAUCGUCCAUCCAUGAGGAUGCUCCAUUUGCCACCCGGACUGAGCAAAGGCGAUUCCUCCACACAGCAGGACGCCCCCUCUAGCUGGCUAGACGUAGACUUUCCAAAGCGGAAGCUCAAACUCCAAGAAGCAAAAUUGACCUCUUCUGGGAGUGAAAGCAAUCUCCUGGACGCCCCUGGUGAGCUCGACGAUGACGAUUUCGUUGCGAGAAUCAAGAAACUUUGCGCUCCGUUCUCCCUUCCGCCCCGUAAGCACAGCCAGCUCCGGACACCUCAGCCCCCCUUCGCGAUGCCAGCCAUCCGAGAAGACCGCUUUGAAAAACCGUUUGACCCUGACGAGUUUACAAUUGGCUUGAGUAAGAAGACGCAGUUUAUCCUAGACAGAACUCCAGGCCUCACGGCCAAGCUCCAGAGCAAAGACACCAAAUCUGGUUUGAUACCUGCCAGGGCCAGUUUUGCUGAAAGGAGCAUGCUUUUUAGCCGCAAAGACACCCAGUCUUCCCAGCAGGAAACAAGCCCCCUCAAGGACGAGGAAGAUGUCAAAGGGGAGAAAGAAGAUCAGAUAAAAGUGAAGUCUCGCUUGGAGAGCAGCUGUGUCUUAAGUAGUCUCACGUCUUCCAACUUUAGAGGGAAGAAGAAUGAAAGUCAAAAGCAGGCACCGGGCACCGACACAGGGAAUACGUUGCCCAGCGAUGCCCCCCAGCUAAAUCCUCUACCUUUACCCCAGGCAGCCCUACUAAGCCCAACGGCCACAGUUGCAAACAGAGACACACUAGCCAAGCAGAGCAGAGAGGAAGUCCAGACUGUGGAGGAUGUGGUCAGUGACUCAGGUCCUCCAUUUCCUUCUUUUAACGACAUCAAGCUGCCCGACUAUUUAGAGAAGUACCUCCCACAAGAACAAGCUAAAGCAGCGCAGAACGUACAGGGGCUGGAGCAAGUCAAACCAGAGUUCAUUGGAAAAAUGACAUCUCUGCUGCCUGGAGGCAAGCCAGAUGUGGUCGCAAAACCAAGUCCGGUUCUUCCAGAUCCUCCUGCUCCAUGUUUUCCUGGUAUUCCUCCAACCACCCACCCUACGCCCACUGACUUUAAGCAGCCUCUGGCUCAGCCGCAGGGGAUACUCAGAGACAAUGUAAAGCAUCUCAAGGGAUUUCACAAACGCCCUGGAAAGAUGGUGUUGUUUGAACAAGCUCAGUUCACUGGCAAAGCAUAUGAGAUUUACAAGGAUGUAGCAGAUGCUUCGUCGCUGCAGCUCUCCCCCCAGAUAUCUGUGAAGGUUAUCAGAGGAUGCUGGGUGCUCUACGAGAAGCCGGGCUUUCAGGGACGCCUCAUCGCCUUGGAGGAGGGGAAUGUCGAUCUGGAAAACAUGUGGGCAGAGCCAGUAUUGGAACCCGAAGCACAGAACAGUCCGCCAAUGCUGAUCGGCUCCAUUCGACUUGCUGUCAGGGAUUACAGCAUCCCCCAUAUCGAUCUGUUCACUGAGCCGGAGGGCCACGGCAGAAUUACACCUUACCACGAUGAUGUUAUAGAGACGGGCUCAUUUGGUAUCCCACUUAAUACUGCUUCCAUCCAGGUUCACUCUGGAGUGUGGCAAGUGUUCAGUGACCCAGGAUUCCAGGGCAUGCUAUCUGUGCUGGAGACGGGAGUGUACCCUGUUCCAGAGGCCUGGGGCUUUCCAUCACCCUUUGUCGGAUCGCUUAGACCACUUAAAAUGGGUGGAUUCAAAGUGGAGAAACCCGAUGAGGUCAAGGCUGUUGUAUAUGAGAAGCCUGGCUUUGAGGGCUUCAGUUUGGAGAUCGACGGUGACGUUUUUAACGUCUGCGAGAUUGAAGCAGGCAUUGCUACAAACAGAACUAACCUGGACACAAAGAAGCUAAAGGCUGUGGGAUCUUUGAAGAUCAUUGGAGGAUUCUGGGUCGGCUACAGCCAGCCGGGGUUUGAAGGUCAGCAGCACAUCCUGGAGGAAGGAGAAUACCUGGACUGCAGCGACUGGGGUGGCCCGGAGCUUCAGUCACUGCGACCGGUUCUUUCUGAUUUCCUGGCCCCACACAUGAAAAUGUUCAGCGACCGAGACUUUGGCAAGCUUGGGGUGAACAUCGACGUCACAGUCCCCGUUACUAACAUGGAAGACACAGGCUACGGGAUGAGGACACAGUCUAUUGAUGUCAUCGGUGGUGUCUGGGUUGUGUUUGAAGAGCCGGGCUUCUGCGGUGAGUGCUUCAUUCUGGAGAAAGGCCUGUAUGGGAGCCCGGAGGACUGGGGGGCGCUGCAGCACAGAGUUGGCUCAGCAAUGCCUGUCUUGCUGGAUAAUUUUGAGAAUACGGCCAAGUUUAAGGUGCAGCUUUUCUCUGAUCCAGGUUUUCAAGGCUCUCUCCUCACCUUGGAUGAUAGCACAGCGUCCCUGAGGGACGGUUUCUCUGUGGCCUCCUGCAAGGUUUUGACCGGCAGCUGGCUGGCAUUUGAAGGCCAGGACUUCACAGGAAAGAUGUAUGUGUUAGAGGCGGGCAGCUACCCAGACCUGAGAGCAAUGGGCUGUGUCAGCGGGAGCUCAUCCAUCCUGUCGCUGCAGACUGUUGGCUUUGAGUUCUCACUGCCAUCCAUCACUCUGUUUGAACGAAAUGCUCUGCGGGGGAAGAGAGUGCUUUUCACAGAGGGAUCGGUCAACCUUCAGCUGGCUGGAGGCUGUGGCAGAGUCCAGUCUGUGCAGGUGGAUGGGGGCGUCUGGAUAUUGUAUGAGGGAAUCAACUAUCGAGGUGCACAGAUUUUACUAAGACCUGGUGAGAUUCCUGACUGGCGUAAGUUUAGCACCUGGCAGAAAAUUGGAUCACUUCGCCCUCUUAUACAGAAUCAGGUCCAUUUCUGUUUAAGAAAUAAGCAGACAGGACUAAUUAUGUCAGUGACCGGUGAUUUGGAGGAUCUCAAAAUGCUGCGAAUACAAGAAACAGAGGAGACGGGUGGAUUUGAGCAGAUAUGGUUCUACCAGAAUGGACAUCUACACUGCAAGCUGUUGGAGGAGUGCUGCCUGACUCCCAGCACCAGUGUCACAAUGGCAGGAUCCAGAGUGGGCCUCGCGCUGGGCACAGAUGCCCAAAACCACUCCUGGAGCAUCACGCCUGAAGGCUUCAUUCGCUACACCCCCACCGCUGACCUUGUUCUGGACAUCAAGGGUGGCCCCAACUAUGACAAAAGCCAAGUGAUCCUGAACACGAUCAAUCCAAAUAAACUACAACAGCGCCUCUGCCCAGUCGUCUUCCUCCUCGGCCACCCUGACUACAGUCUUCCCUCUGGCAUGGCCGUGCUCAAACUUCUGAAAAGCCUGAGGCACCUGGGUGAAGGGAAACUGGGCCUCAACAACUGGCAGGAU